AUGCUCAAGAGGAUUGGAGAGACCUGGAGGGAGACUGCAAGGGGAGGGGCCCCCUUGGAGGGAGUGGGCGGGGCUUCAGUGGCAGAAUGGGGCGGGACAAGAGUGGGGCCGGAUCUGAGGGGCGUGGCCUGGAGGCCUGGGAGGGGCCAGGAAGACGCGGGGCGGGGUUGGGAGGUGCGGAGCUCAGCUACCAUCGCUGGGCUGUCAACAAGCGCGGGCCUGGCGGAGCACGGCGGCGCGCGGAGACCGAGAGGCAACAGCGAGCGGCUGGGCUCCCGGCGGCGCGCCCCUCGGCAAGGCCGGGAGUCGCGCCAGUCGGAGCCCCCAGCCGAGCGCGGCCCUCCUGCCUCUCAGCGUACAUCAGUCCGGAGUGCAGCCAGCGGGUAUGACCGACCCACCAGGGGCGCCGCCGCCGGCGCUCUCAGGCCGCGGGUGAAGAAGAAAGUACGGUCCCGCUUGGUCCGGAGCGAGGAGGUGGCCCCGAGCAAGGAGGUGGCCCAGAGCAAGGAGGUGGCCCGGAGCAAGGAGGUGGCCCGGAGCGAGGAGGCCCAGAAAGAGGAGGCCCGGAGCCAGGAGGUGCCCCCGAGCGAGGAGAUGUCUCGGAGCGAGGAGGUGCCCCUGACCGAGGAGGAGUCCCUGAGCGAGGAGGUGCCCGGGAGCGAGGAGGUGGCCCUGGGCGAGGAGCUACCCCGGAACAAGGAGGUGACCAGGGAGGAAAUGGCGGCAGCCGGGCUCACCUUGACCAUCACGCACAGCAAUGAGAAGCACAACCUUCUUGUUACCCCACAGAAGGGCAGCAGUGAACCCAUUGUCCAAGACCUGGCCCAGAUUGUUGAAGAGGCCAUAGGGGUUCCACUGCGUUUUCAGAAACUUAUAUUUAAAGGAAAAUCUCUGAAGGAAAUGGAGACACCAUUGUCAGCACUUGGAAUACAAAAUGGUUGCCAGGUUAUGUUAAUUGGGAAAAAGAACAGUUCAGAGGAAGAAAUUGAACUAAAGAAAUUGAAAGAUUUGGAGAAGUCUGUGGAAAAGAUAGCUGACCAAGUGGGAGAAUUGAAUAAAGCACUUACUGGAAUCCAGCAGGGUUUUUUGGCCAAGGAUUUGCAAGCUGAAGCUCUCUGCAAACUUGAUAGGAAAGUAAAAGGCACUAUCGAACAGUUUAUGAAGAUCUUGGAGGAGAUCGACACACUAAUCCUGCCAGAAAAUUUCAAAGAGAGUAGACUGAAAAGGAAGGGUUUAGUGAAAAAGAUUCAGGCAUUCCUAGCUGAAUGUGACACAGUGGAACAGAACAUCUGCCAGGAGACCGAGCAGCUGCAGUCUACAAACUUGGCCUUGGCUAAGUGAGGUGCAGAAAAGAAAGGUUACACUGCCCUGAAGAACAGCUCCAUCAGCUCUGCACUCUAUGAAACAGAAGUUUCCUGAUUUUUCCAGGGCUGCCAAGGGCAACUGGCCAAUUGCUAAUUUUCCUACUCCUAUGCCGGAUCUCAAUGAAAAAGUAUUGUCUUUUUGAUCUCAAGUAGAGCUUCUGUCUGUUUUCUUGUUCUAUGUGUGGCUGUGCUGUCUGGCAGCCUAUCUUUUCUGAACAGGACCUCCACUGCUUGACCUUGGGGAGCUUUAUGUGGGUUGGUAAGAGUUCUCAGUUUGUCCAGAGCCAGUUCUGGGUUUAUAGUCCAGCAUGGUCUUCAGAUAGGUGAGGGCUUUUUUUUUUUUCACCUUUAGGAUCCUGUAGUUCCAUAGAUGUGAAACCAGUAAGUAUCACCAGGAGUUUGCAUCUAUUCAGAAAUGUUGGGAAUGGCUUGGAACAAGUGUUUGGCACACAAAUAGUCUAAAUAUCCCUUAUUGUGACCUAAUUCCAGAACAUCUGGCUAGGUUGUUUAUAGACUUUGUCCUCACCUCCCAGUGACCCUACCUAGUCAAAAGCCUGAGAUAUGUGGGGCCCAUUCCUGGGAUGGGAUUUGUGGUUGAUGCCUGAGAAUGGUUCCUCAUUCCCAAGCAAAUCUUUGGAAGGUUAGAAUCCAGUCUUGAGUGUGUUCUUGAAACCAGGCCAGAACCAUGGCUUAGCAAGGGCAAAGAUGGGAGCCAGCAUGAAUGACACAGGCAGGUGGUAAAGCCAGCCAUAAAUGUCUCUGGAGUGACAUGCACCUCCUUCAAAGGCAUUUCUGUUAAUCAUAUCCUUCUGAGAUCUAUAUUUCCUUCAAGGCUGUUCCUGUCCAUUUUGUGGCCUAUACCUUGUUAUGUGCCCAUCAUCAAGCAGAAGUUUUGUUUUUUCAAUUGAUGAGGAAAAGCCUUUUGUGACUUUAGCGAUAAUUUAUAUAAAGUUGAGAGUGGCUGUGCGUGCUGUAAUUUUCCUUAAUCCUGUCAGCUGCUAUCACCUCAUUCUUUAGCACAGUGCUCAGACGACAUAUUCCUAACAGGCCACUCAUUUGGCAGAGCAGGAGUCGCUGAAGUGCCAGGAACUUAGAACUGGAUGGGCAAGGCUUUAGACAAAGCAAUGGUAGAGUCAGACAUGUGGACAAGGCUCAGGAGCCCAGCCCAUACCAUCCUCAACUUUAAUCAGAGUGGUUCAGUGUUGAUCUAUUUUUAUAUAGUAGCUAUGUGGCCUUGGGUCCCAAUACUUAAUGAAAAGUUAUUGUGUGCUGAACACUCUUGUAAUUUCUAUAUAUAGUUAUCUAUCUAUCUAUGUAUCUGUCAUUUAAUUCUCAUAUAACCCAAGAGGUAGAUUGACAGGUAUUAUCUUCAUUUAGAGAUAAGGAAUCUGAGAGAACUUAGAUAAGUUGCCCAAGGUCAUAAAACAAAUGUCAAAGCCAGAACAUGCACCUGGGCGAUUUGAUUUCAGAUCCAGUGCUUUUAAUCUUCACUGUACUGCUGCACAACCAACAUGGGGUUGCACACAUUCAUGCUCUUAUUCUCUCUUCUUUCCUCUCCCUCUACUUAUCUUCCAUGUUAGUGUUUCCACUUCCUCCUUGGCCCUCUCCAGUUCAUUCUCCACAGAGCAGCUCAGUGAUCAUGAAGUGCAAAUCAUAAUCCUGGCAGUCUCAACCCCCAGUUGCUCCCCAUUCUCUUAAAGUAAAGGCCAGAACCUUACCCUGUGCUUUCUCCUGUCUCAGUCUGACCCUUUCUCCUAUUUGCUCUCUGCUGUCAGCCACUCUCUUUCAGGUCUCAGAUACAUGGUUUCCUCUCAUGCACGGUGCUCUCUCCUGUCUUUGCACGUGCUGCUACCUCUGCUUGGACAGCUCUUCACCAUCCUUUCACCCCCACCACUUUCAUAGGUUGCUCUAUUCAUCUUUCAGAAUUUAACUCAAAUGUCUCUUUCAUGAAGAAAAUUUACCUACUGUCUCAGACCAUAUCAGCCUUCGUGUGGUAUCUUCUUAUAGCUUUCCAUAACUUUUCUUUCAUCGCAUUUAUCAUGGCCUGUGAUGGUUUAUUCCUGGGAUGAUUUGAUUAGCAUUUGCCUUUAACACAAGACUGUAAGCUCCUUGGGUUUAGGACCUUCUUUGGCUUGUUCACAACACUGUUUCAAGCAUGUUGUUUUAUAUAUAGUGGGACCUCAAUAAAUAUUUGGAGAAUGAA